UGCCGUGGCUCGUGGCAACCCACCCCAUAGACAUCAGAACGUUACCGACAAGAAUCCACAACAAAACCGUGGUCUAUUGACGUCCUUCCCUUUCUGUUAUCUUUUGGGAAUUUGCAGAAUUUUGUAGCUUGAAGAUAUUGCUACGGCUAGCAGAUCAUGUCAUAUUUUAGAAUUUUUUAAAAAACAGAAUCUUCAAUUAUUCCAUUCCUUUUAAAGACAUGAACGGUAAAGAUCCUGAAGGACGAAUUAACUCGGCCAUUUUGGACUUGGAAGGAUUGACGAUAUCCCCAACCACCAAGGAGGAAAAGUCGCAGGAAGUUCAGCUCAUUUCUCUUAGUGAUGACCUUUUAGAUUCCCAAUUUUCGAAUUCUCACACGAACAAGGCAAAUUCUGGCAGCACAGGACAUAGUCGUGAUAAUUUGAAUGGAUCCGAGGAUGCAGUCAACGUUUCCGUAAAGAGUUUAAAAAAGGAUGAGAUUAAGGAACGGAACGCAGAAGGAAAUAAAGAUUCAAUUUCAUUGAAAUUGAAUCUUUCGACAAAUGUCAACUCUUUUGACUUUCACAGUUUCUUGGAACAAUUGCGUUCGAAACCCGCCGAACCUGUUGCAAAGUAUUUAAAAAGUUUUCUAUCCGAGUUUUCCAAACGGCAAUGGCCUCUUGUCUACGAAACAAAACUCAUUAAAGAUUUCAUUAAUUUCAUAGACGAAAAGCUGGAGCAGUACGAGCCUUUCAAAUCAUGCUCUGAGGAAGAAAGGGAAAACGCACGCGAAGGUAUGGAGAAACUUGUUAUGAAUCGCUUAUACACACAAGUGUUCUCUCCAGAAAUUAAGAAAGCCGGAUUACCUUUGACAGGUGAACAUUCAGAUGACAUUGAACAAGAUCGGGUCGUGUCUGAGAAAAUGCGUUUAUUUAGUUGGGUCAGAGAAGAGCAUUUAGAUAUAACACCCCACAAGUCAAAUUCUCGCUUUUUUGAACUGGCAUCCAAAGAACUUCGGCGAAUUAAUGAUUAUCAUGCUCCUCGAGACAAAAUCAUCUGUAUACUGAACUGCUGUAAAGUCAUUUACAGCUACCUACGCAUAGUCGAGCACGAAGAAUGUGCUGAUAAAUUUGUACCCAUCCUCAUCUACGUCCUUCUUCGUGCAAAUCCCAACCAUCUUGUUUCCAAUAUCCAAUACAUUCAACGUUUUCGUAAUCCGAUUAAACUUGCCGGUGAAGUAUCUUACUAUCUUUCAACACUAGAGGGAGCAUUAUCAUUCAUACAAAACCUAGAUCGUUCUUCGCUGACUAUAUCAGAGGAAGAUUUUAAUACUAACAUUGAGAAUUCUUUACAAAGAAUGGAACAGGACAAAGCGGAACGUCAUGCUAUUAAAACCCAACAAGCAGACAAUUCGCAAAGUGCCAGUCGUCCAAGCGCUUCCAGUUAUGAUUUUUUGGCGUCCACCUCACAAGUUCUAAAAAGCCUUCAGAAGCCCAUAUCAUCCUUAACACGCUUAUUUAAUGACCCCAUAACAAAGUUAACGUCUUCCGGCCAGAAUACUCCGAACUCUUCCGUCAGCAUUUCCAGCACUCCGUCUCAAACGCCUCACGAGGAAGCAGCAAAGCCAGCUGAGCCAGGAAAGCAACUCGUCCAAAGCAUAUCUCAACUAGAAUUAGAGCUUGAAAGGGCCGACCGUGUUGGUUCACCCAGUUCAUCCGUCGCAAGCAUCGCAGUACCAACUCCAAAGUAUGCGACCAGACCAGUUCAUUACCACGAAAACUCGAAGGCAUUACGCGCUGCUCGGACAGCUUCUCUUGAAACUGCUGAGGCAGAGAGAAUUAAAACUCGUGAGCGUCAAGAGGCGAUAUCCGCUUUACGCGCUAUGUUUCCUGCCUUUGACACGGAUGUCAUCGAGAUGGUAUUGACUGCCCAACAAGGCCGUUUAGGUUCAUCUGUCGAUUCGUUGCUUGAGAUGAGUUAAUGUCACUGGAACCCUCUCUACUAUGCCAAGGCAAAACGAUUUAUGCACCUCUUGUAUUCUAGUAUAAUUAAGUAUCCUACCGACUAGAUAGUUUUUCAUGACCCAAUACCCUGCCCGUAUUGCUUUCCAUUUUGGCAGAUUUAGAGCCGAAUUGAAUAGCUCUUUUCUUUUCCUUACUAGCCAACUCGCAACCCAAUAGGUGACACAAUUUCCGCAAUAGCAAUUUAUCACCUCCUUGCUCUUGCAGUUGCAUUUUAUGCAAAGUUGGUAGUGCCUGAAGAAACGCCAUGACGUUGGCAUCAAGAAAUGCGUAACGAACCUCCUUGCCUUGGUUCGAAAUAACGCGAUCAUCUCUGCCUAGAUUUCUUGUAGGAAUUCGAGUGAUGUCCAACCGCAGCUCCUUCUCCAAUUCUAACAAGCCGCCCCGUUGAAAUGCUCUCAAGUGUCUGGAAUAGCCACCAAGCUGUUCAUCUGCACCAAGUCCACUAAAGAGAACUUUGGCUGAGCUUACAUACGGUUGCUGCCUACUGCCAUCAAUGUUGGUCAAGUAGCCGCAUCCAGUAGAAGCGAAAUAAAAUGCUAGGGCAAUUGAAAGAUCCAUAACCGUUGCAUUUGGGAACAUAAGGUCCAAAACUGUUUGUCGAUGUUCUGUUACCUGGGAAUAAGGAACAUCAAUGGAAACAAAAUUCCAAGUACGAUUUGGGCAGCAACGUUGAAGCUCUCUCCAACCUUGAAGCCCGGUCACUCUAUCCGGACAAAGUUGGUAAAUGUCAUUGUCUUUUUCUCCUUUCUGUUUACGAGCAUUCAGCAUACGGGGAUUUUCAAACGCUACAUUGAGUAAAUCAAUAGGUGCCCGGUCGUCUAAAACACUGUGUAUUAACCGAGCAAGUACGGUACAAUCAACACCCCCGGAGUACAGCACUGCAACAGGGCAUGAACUCGAAGAGGAAACAAGGGGAAUGGUUUGUACUCGGAUACGAACUGCUUCGAGAAGAUAACGAUGAAAUGCUUCGACCGGGUUUGAUACAUCGUCGUUCGGAAUAAGGAUGGAGGGGUCAAUAACAGGUAACGGAUGAUAAUCCGUAGGCGGAAGAGCUGAGGAUUGUGGCAUUACCGAAGCUGUAGCACUAGAAAGCUUACAGGAAUGGAAACCCGGUUCGACAUUAACGUACUCUCCACCUUCUUCAGCGACACUCGCAAUAGUAAGUGAUCCGUUUUCACGCUUUAUGACCAAAGAACGCAUACCCAAUCUAUCCCGACCCCAAUAAAGCGUUUGAGUCUUCGCCUGUUAUAAGAAAUCAUUAGCCCAAGUACAAAAACGCGCUGUAGUAAUCAUACGUGAUAAAAGACAAACGCAAACGGCCCUUGAAGGGAAGACAGUGUAUCUUCUAUUGAAGAACUUCUCUUCAGCACAUUGAAUAAAAUUGUACCAUCGUUUUGUGAGCAGCAUUGUAACAGUUUCUGACUCUUUAAUUCACCAGGACCAUUCCAAAUUUCACCAUUCCAGCAAAGAACAUUUCCCUCAGGGUCAAUAUGAGGUUGAGCAGUUGGAUGAUUGAAUGGACCUCUGAGAUGUAGCACACUGGAAUAAAAAUUGAGUCGGAACGAUCCUGCAAGACAUGUGUGUGAACCAAAGCUGUCGGGACCUCGAUUUUUUAUCCGAACUAAUUGCUGUUUAUUAGGUUUAAAGGCUGCAUCCUCAUUAUUUUGUAAAUGAAACAGAAUUCCGCACAUUCGCGAAAUCCAAUAGAUAGGGGAAUUUAAGAAUGUUAGUCAAUAAAAUGUGCUGGAUUUCAACA